AUGUCCGGUCACAUCGGAAUUUGCCAUGAAGCCCAUGACCAAACCCACGGGCGUGACGAAUCCCCAAGUGUGAACCUUCCAUCCUCAGUGCAUGACCGAGUUUCGCUGUGCAUGGCUGACCUACCUUACGUCCAAUCGAUGUCCGCCAGAGUUGCAACCAUGGCUAUUACUGCACGGAUGCGAGUGCAUGCAAACAACAGCAACUUCGUCCUCGGAAACGCCCAGGUGCCGUCCCUCUAUCCGAUCGUCUACUGCAGCGAUGGCUUCUGCGAGCUCACCGGCUACGCCCGCGCCCAGAUCAUGCAGAAGGGGUGCGCGUGCAAGUUCCUGUACGGGCCGGAGACGAGCGAGGACAAGGUCAAAGAGAUCGACGUCGCCCUCGAGUCCAAGACGGAGCUCAAGGUCGAGAUCAAGUUUUACAAGAAGAAUGGCAUGUCCUUCUGGUGCCUCCUGGACAUCGUGCCCAUCAAAAAUGAGAAGCGGGAAGUGGUCUUGUAUCUGGCUUCCCACAAGGACGUCACAAAUUCGAAAAUGGAAGAGUUUACCCUCUACAAUGGCUACGAAAACGACGAGAACGAGAACCUGGACCCGGAAGCGCCACCUGCCAACUACGGCCGAAGACGGAGCCGCGCCGUCCUCUACCAGCUAUCCGGACACUACAAGCAGGACAAGAUGAAGAGCAAACUCAAGCUCAAUAAUACCCUCCUGCAACCGCACUCCGCGGGCCCGCUGCCGGAGUACAAGACGGCCAGCAUCCAGAAGUCGCGCUUCAUCCUGACACACUACGGGAUGCUCAAGACCUGCUGGGACCUGGUCAUCCUGCUGGCCACCUUCUACGUCGCCGUCACCGUCCCCUACAACGCGGCUUUCCUCGUCAGCGAGACCCAGCAGGACAAGCCGACGAUCGUGCCUGACGUGGUGGUGGAGGCGUUGUUCUUCGUCGACAUCAUCCUCAACUUCCGCACCACCUUCGUCAACAAGAAGGGCGAGGUGGUGCUGAGUCCCUGCAUGAUCGCGACCCACUACGUCAAGGGCUGGUUCGUGUUGGACCUCGUCGCCGCCAUGCCCUUCGACGUGCUGCUGGCGGCCGACGUCUACAGUGCUCAAACCGCAAACAUCCACCUGUUGAAGCUGACCCGCCUGCUGCGCCUGGCCCGCCUCCUGCAGAAGCUGGACCGCUACUACCAGUACUCGGCGCUCAUCCUCACCUUCCUCAUGCUCUCGUUCACGCUCGUCGCCCAUUGGCUGGCGUGCGUGUGGUAUGCGAUCGCCGAGAAGGAGAUGGAAGUGCAUGAGGAGAAUAUCGGCUGGAUCAACGAGCUGGCCCACCGCCUCGGCCGAAACAACGUCACGACGCUGGAGAAGUACGUGACGGCGCUGUAUUUCACGUGUUCCUCGCUCACGUCCGUCGGCUUCGGCAACGUCUCGGCGAACACUAACUACGAGAAGAUCUUCAGUAUCAUCACGAUGCUUAUAGGAGCUCUCAUGCACGCCACCGUCUUCGGAAACGUGACUUCGAUCAUCCAGCGCAUGUACCUCCGCCGCUCCCUCUACCAGACGAAGUGGCGGGACCUCAAGGACUUCCUCUCCAUCAACCAGAUCCCUAAGGAGCUUCGCCAGAGGAUGCAGGACUAUUUUCAGACCAUGUGGAGCCUCAACCAGGGCAUUGACAUCCAUGAGACCCUGAAGGAAUUCCCUGAGGAGCUUCGUGGCGACAUCUCGAUGCACAUCCACCGUGAGAUCCUGUCCCUUCCGAUUUUCGAGACGGCGAGCCACGGCUGCCUCAAGCUCCUCAGCCUGCACAUUCGCAACAACUUCUGCGCGCCGGGGGAGUACCUGGUGCACAGAGGCGACGCCUUGCAGUACAUCUACUACCUGUGCAACGGCUCCAUGGAGGUCGUGAUGGAUGAUAUGGUGGUCGCCAUCUUGGGCAAAGGUGACCUAGUCGGUAGUGACGUCGAUGUUCAUCUGAGCUCCGGACCAGACACGCCGGUGAAGUCAUCCUGUGACGUCAAAGCCCUGACCUACUGUGACCUCAAAUCCAUCUACAUCGCGGGUCUCCUGGACGUCCUCAAGUUGUACCUCGAGUAUCAGCAGCAAUUCGCCAACGACAUCAAGCACGACCUGACUUACAACCUGCGGGAGGGAUACGAUAGUGAGCAACAGGACAUGGAGAUCGAGUCCGGCAAGAACCUCCUGCCGUCGAUCAGCGAGGACGACGAGGAGCGAGGCAGCGAGGACGAGGACAAGUCUCCGGUGUCGACGUCUCCGCGGUCGCCCCUCCACGCGCGCAACGCCUCAAGGUUCAACUUCAGUGGCCGGAACGACGAGGAGCUGGGCAGUCCUCGCUGGGGCCACCGCAGCCGCGAGAGGACCGCCGGCGGGAUCUCUUCGUCGCGCUCCGCCCUCAAGACGCUCUCGCCGACGCGCCUGCACCACCGCUCCAGCGACGAGCUCAGGGGCGACGAGCAGGCCAAGGUGCAGCUGGAGAAGCUCGACACGCAGGUCACGACGCUCCACACGGACGUCAGCGGCUUGACGCAGGAGGUUCGUUCGGCGAUCCAGAUCCUGCAGGCCAUCAGUCGGCAGAACGUGGGCGGCGGCGACGGCGGCGGCGACGGCGGCCCCAGCGACGGCGCCGGCAACUACUACAACAGCAGCGGGCGGCUGGGCGCCGGGAACGGCUCUGUCGUCAACUACAUGGAGGCGACGCGCAUACUGCCGCUGUGCCGCUCCUCGCCCAGCGUGUUCGUGUCCUGCGGCGACUCCCGCAGCAGCUCGUCGCCCGCCCGCCACCGCUACCGCCACGCCUCCACGCAGACGGACCAGCCGAUCAACGUGCCCGUGGCCGUUCUCGAGGCCUUCGUCCUAGCGCACCGUCCGAGGGUCCUGCAGCUCCUGGGGAUUCAGGAGGUUGCCGAGGAGCCCGCCUCGCCCAGCGCCCCCGGCUGCGGUCCUCUCGGCUCGGCGGUCGCUCCGGCAGGCGGCUCCUCCCCGCCCACGGCCGGCGGUGCCCGCAAGUGCUCCAUCAUCGCCGGCAGCAGCAACAGCAACAGCAGCUCGCGGAGCCUGGAGUCGACCGGCGCCGACGCGGAGAGCCUGGCCGCCGAGGACCCCGCGGACCUGCACUCCGCCUCCGCGCCCAAUCCUUCCAUCACCGUGCAGCGCGCGUCGCCCGCCGGAGACGCCAGGAACAACAACAACAACAAGGCGCCGGGCGCGCAGAUAGAGACGUACCAGCUGACCAACAUCCAGAACUGGAACCCCAACCCGCAGUUCCAGAGAACGGCCAUCUCGGGCUCGCGCAGCAUCGGCAGCCUGAAGGACAUCCUCUCCUCGGCCUCGUCCAAGGCCAAGAGCCAAGCCCACCAGUUCAACAUCCAGGAGAACGACAGCGCCGCCUCGCACAUCCACUGCCACAGCGACCACUCGGACCCCAACAACCCCCUGGUCCACUACGGCUGCGCCUCCGACUGCCCCUCCAAGGACCUCAUGUUCUUCUCGGAGGUCAACCACGCCAUGACGCGCAGCACAUCCAUGCCCGUGGCCAGCUUCAGGUACUCGCCGUACCCUUCCAGCGCCUCCCUGAGUUCGAAGCCGCCGUCCAAGAGAGAGGCGGACGCGGCCGAGAAGGGCGCUGCCCUCGCGGAGACGGUCCUGUUGCCCAACACGACGGUCGAGACGCGGGCCAACAGUAGCAAACCGAGCUACGUGACGGACUUUUAG